UAUUCUAGGCGAAGCUGUCGAGCUGGGAGAAACGGAAGAUUUUGCAACCUUGUACAGUUUUUACGGGAUUUGUAUGAUAAAAGAAAUUGCAAAUAAUGUUAACUUCAUUAGUAAUGCUAAAGAAGAUUUGGUAGCAGAACGUCAUAAAUGUUUGUUCAUCGCUUGCGUUCAAGACAUAGCUCAAUGGAGUUUGCAGCAACACUUACAUCCAAAUUUUUACAAAGGAAGACCUGCCUUGUUCUCCAGGCCUCAUGAUAAAAAAACGAGUUUUAAAAAUCUGGAAAUUUAUAUUGGAGGAUUUACACACGUAUUAUUUAUUAAACCUUUACAUAUUGGCAAAUCUCUAGAUGAACCUAUUCUGCAAUACAUGGCUGGUAUUUUUAGUUUAUUAAUGGCCUUUGAAGAUAAAGAAUAUGUAAUGGCUGACCAAGAAAUCAUUAAUAAGACUGCAUGCUUACAGCGCGUUUGGUUAUCUCUGCCUAAAGCUUUAUAUUUUCGAAACUUAAUGCUAAUGAAAAACAAUAAAAUUUUAUCAUCUUCCGGGCAAAAGAUUUUACUACGCCAGUUAUUAGUACGUCUUUGGUCGCCGGGUGGUUUCAACGCAGUAGUCUUUGCUUUGGCUGAAUGUAAAAAUGAAGAACAUUCGUUGGAAGAACUGAUUUCACGUUUAAUUGCUCAACCUGCUUACUCGGCGAAGGCUCAGAAAAGCUUGAUAGCGCAAAUCCUUAACUUUUUGCAAUCAUGUGUGGAUAACCAGGAAUUGCUGCAAUAUAUGGGAGUGGGCCUGUUGUCUCUGCGGCGACUUUAUGAUCUUAACGACGAAAAUAAAACCUUUGUAGAAGGAUGGUUACAAAGUCAAUUACACAUUUUGAUUCAACCAAGCUGCGAAAAAGACUUCGCAAUAAUGGAUUGGUCUAAUUUCCAGAGCCUCAUAUCCUUCCUAUUUCAUCUUUUCUGUACUUCCACCGUAGAGUGCUUGCCUAGUAAUUUGUUAACGUCGUAUCUAAAUCUUAUAUUGAAUAUCUUUUAUCAUGUGCAACAAUAUAAUAAUGUACAGCUUUUACAGGGGCAAUUGAAAGCGUUAAUUUUAAAAUGCCUGCACAAUCAAAACGCCAAAGACUUGCAUAAGCUAAUUGAAGCUUUAGCUCUCCAGAGAACUGAUUUCAAUGGAUGGUUUGCUUUAAAUGAUUGCAUACGCUUUGAUGAAAAUCCUUUAAAUUCACAAGAUUUAAGAAUUAUUCUUACGUCAGAAGGCCCACAUCUUUGGGACCCUCUUCCCGCGUUGGUUAUUAUUUUAAAAUCUUCAACUUUUAAUUUGCUUACCUACAAUAUAUUUUUAAUAUUAUUUCGUCUCUUACCUAAAUUAAUGAAAGAAGACGAAGAAGAGAAGAAAAUAAGUGAAAGCAUGGAAUUAUUACAACCGGAAGAUCUUCAGCAGACAAUAUUACGGGAAGUUAAUAGCACGUAUGCAGGAAGAUUGCACAUUAUAAAGGCUUUGGAGUCUCUUGUGCAACACCAGCCUAUGAAGUGUAUGAUCAAUGAAAAUUGCAGUGAAUUGCUUCGAUGUCUUGCCGAUAUUCUCAUAAAUUUCGCUGAGCUCAACAAGCACCUUGUCGAAAUAAAUGAGUCGACUUUGAUGAUAACCUUAAUAUUAAUUCGAGAAGUUAUGCAAAUUUCUACGAGCAGUAGUGACGAUUUUCAAACAGUUUUAUCCAAGCCGCUGCAUAACCUCUAUGAAAACAUUGAUCGUCAAAGUCUAAAAUAUCAAAUUUUAUCUUUAUUACAUCUGUUGCAACGGCAAAAUAACCUGAAUGUUAGAUAUGAACCUUUGAAAAAUCAAUUUGAAGAAGCUCGUGGUCUAGUGGAAGCGAAAGAGUCCUACCUACAAGUGGAGGGUAUUGAGAAACUAAUAAAACUCGUAAAUUGCCGAGACGCCUACACCGUCAGUAAUGGUCACGCUGUAGUAGCCAUGGCUUUAAAUACUUUAAAAUCUCCAGAAUCCUAUACGUUCCUUAAUUGUGUUCGUCUGUUUACAGCCUUAGUACAAGUAAUGGAAGUUGAAAUUUUGGAUUUGCUUGGAGAUGAAUAUAUUGCCGAUUCUAGUACUCUAGAUUAUCGCCUUGUAGUUGGCGAAGUUAUUUUAAAAAUAGGGCGUGAAUUAGGUCCUUUGUGUUAUAAAUAUAAAUUUAUUCUCUUGAAUUGUUUCAUGAAUGGCUGUCGUUCACAUCUGAGCGAAUUUCGAUUAUCUGCCUUUUCAAAUUUAGCGCAAUUGUGUAGAAUACUUACCUAUCAAGUCCAUCAAUAUUUUCAGGAAUUGCUUCACUUAAUUGAUUACGAAAUCACUUCCGGUAAAUAUUUGCCCGCGAAAAGAGCUGCUGUUUUGGUGCUUAGUGAUUUACUAGAAGGCAUGGAUAACCUCAUCGAUUAUGAGGAAAUGCUUUUACCCAUUUAUCGACUAUUAAAAUAUUUGGCAUAUUUUAAGCAAAGUGAUGAACAGAUACGUGUACAUGCUACCAAUGGUUUAAAGAGCUUAUCAGAAAAGUGCACCAAAUUACUGGAGGAUAUUACUGCAUCACCUCUGGAAAAAGAAAUUAAAAUCCUCGGGUUAAAAGACAGCUCUAAACCAGGUCUAAAGAAACAUAUACUUGUAAUGAAUUAAAUAAAUUACAUUUUUGUUAUAUGUAUGAAAAAACAAGCAAAAAACGCAUCGACAUAGAUUUAAAACCGGAUCGAGUGAAUGUUUGAACUAAACAAACAAUACUUUUUAUAAGAAAAAUAAUUUUUUCCAGCUGAAUUAAACAAAUAAUACUUUUUAUAAGAAAAAUAAUUUUUUCCAGGUGAAGAAAAUUGUCAGCAGAAAAUCGAAAUAUAUUUGAAACGUGAAAAAAGAAAAUUUCGAUCAUGAAGAAGUAUCCUCUUUUGCUGAUUGACGAUUAUUUUAAAUAUUACGCUGAAUUGUGAUAAAAAGCCCUUUGAAAGUGUGCAAAAGUGAAAACAUAAUAAUACAUUGACAAUUGAAACUCAACUAAAACAAAACUAGUAACUG